AUGACAGUAUCUUUACUCAAAUAUAAGCGUAUUGGUAUCAUUGGAGGCGGCCCGUGUGGUCUCGCAGCAGGAAAAGCCUUGGGGUUUGAGGAAGAUCUUGAAAUCGACUUGUUUGAAAAGAAUGAUAAUAUUGGAGGAUUAUGGUACUACACUGGAAAUAAGUCAACUUUCAAUAAAUUGAACGAUGCUGAGAUAGUAUGCAAUGAUGAAUCUAAUAAGUCGGAAAUGUUCUCCCCUAUGUACAAGCACUUAGAAACCAAUAUCGGGAGUAACCUAAUGGAGUACAGCGGGGUCCAUUUUCCUCAAGGAACAUUUAUCUAUCCAAAAAGGGAAGAGGUCUUCAGUUAUUUGCAAAAAUAUGCUGCUACCAUUCCGACACACGUUAAUAUUCGUUAUAACUCGUUUGUCUCUGCUUUAACUAAAAUAAACAGUAAGUGGGAACUUUUAUUUGAAAAUUUGAAAACCAAAGAAAAGAAAGUCGAGUAUUAUGAUGCUAUUGUAAUUGCCAAUGGACAUUUUAAUAAUCCUUUUUACCCCACUGUUGAGGGAUUGGAGGAAUGGAAAGUUACUUUUCCUAGAUCUGUGACGCAUGCUAAAUAUUUCGAUGAUGCUAUAGAGUUCACCAACAAAACUGUGUUAGUUGUCGGAAAUUCGGCUAGUGGUAUCGAUAUAGCUACUCAAUUAAGUGUGAGUGCAAAGAAAGUUUAUCUUUCUAGUAGAACCAAAUCAGAAAUUGCUGAAAUUGAGAACCAUGAAGUUACUAGGAUUGGAAUGAUAAAAAGGUUUGAUUCUUCUACAAAGUCAAUAUUGACUAUAGAUGGAAAGGCUAUUGAAAACGUUGAUAGUAUUAUCUAUUGCACUGGCUAUUUAUAUGAUAUAUCUUUUCUAAAGAGUUAUCCAGAUAUAGUAUUAGACGGCAAUCAAGUAUUCAACAUAUAUAAGCAAAUGUUUUAUAUACCAGAUCCUUCGUUAGUCUUGAUAGGAUUGCCUAAAUUUGUGAUUCCAAUGCCAUUUGCAGAAUCCCAGGCUGCUUUGAUUGCUCGUGUUCUCAGUGGAAGAAUAAUAUUACCAUCAAUUGAAGAAAUGAGGGAGGACUACGCUAAAGAGGUCGAGCAAAAGCCCAAAGGAAAAGAAUUCCAUAAUUUAAAGUUUCCUGAUGAUGUAGAAUACUGUAAAAGUCUAAAGAAAUGGAUUGACGAUAGCUGUGUCGGUGUUGCUGGGCUUGACGCACCUAUUUGGACAGAUGAGAAAAUUGCAUUUAGAAGCAAGACUUCCAAAAAAAAAGCUGAAAGACUACUUAAAAUUGUAGAUCAUGCCAAUAAGUUGAGGGCUAAUGGGGAAGACUUCAGAUUGUUAAGAGACUAA